UUUGAUCGCCGUUCCCUGAUAAGGACCCGGCCGGUGCUCUUUCGGUGGGGUAAGGAGGGGAAGGAAGGCUGCUGAGCUCAGUGCUACUUUCCCCGGAGAUGAAGCUGCAGGCCGUCAUGGAGAACCUGCACAGGCAGCAGAGGGCCAAACUACUGAUGGAGCAGCAGCUGCAGCAGCAGGCCAUCGGCCAGCAUCCUCAGAUCCGUACUGGUUAUGAGCCGAUGGAGAGCCCGGCCCCGGAGGGAGAGCAGGCACAAAUGGCAGCCUUGGCAGCCAUGCGAGCGGCUGCGGCCGGACUGCAGAGGGUCUCGGACAGCCCCAUGUCAAAGCGCAGCAGCGGCGGCGAGGAGGAGCGCGAAGACGACAACGACGACGAAGGGGAGGAACAGUACAAGGACAUGAUGGGCUCCGAUGAAGAAGAACAGAUCAAACAGAAAUGGGACGAGGGGGACUUCGAAAGCGAAAUGGACGAAGACUACGACGAUGACCUGGCGGAUGAAGGUCUGCCGACGGGUCACGACGCCAUUGCUCCUGGGAAGGGCAUCCUUCUGCUGCCCCACCGUCAGCUACACCCCCAUCCCCAAAUGCUGAAGGGCCGUCCCAGCGUGGAGCAGGAGCCCCGUGUCGCCAUCUUGCCUCCCCAUGCCCCCCACAGCCACCUGGGUGGGCAGGACCACGGAGAAUGGACCUAUGAGGAGCAGUUCAGACAGGACCACCCGUAUCCCAAGAAGAACUCCUCCUUGAGCGAUGGCCAGUCCUCCCAGCAGCCUGUUGAGCUCUUUGUCACUGAAGAAGAUCCCCGAACGCCUGUGAAUCGUAUUCCCAUCAUGGCCAAGCAGGUCCUGGAUCUGUACAUGCUCUACAAGCUCGUGACAGAAAAGGGCGGCCUGGUGGAGGUCAUCAACAAGAAACUGUGGAGGGAGAUCACCAAGGGACUCAACCUGCCUACCUCAAUCACCAGUGCAGCCUUCACCCUCCGCACUCAAUACAUGAAGUACCUGUACCCGUAUGAAUGUGACAAGAGAGGUCUGAGCAACCCCAACGAGCUUCAGGCAGCCAUCGACAGUAAUCGGAGGGAGGGCCGGCGACAAAGCUUUGGCAGCUCCCUCUUCACGUACUCUCCCAACGGGACCCCCACCAUAUUGUCUUCACCAAAGGUCCCAACGCCCAGCGUGGGCCUGACAGGGGGCACCAACGGAGCCUCGCUGACCUCCAUCCACAAGAUCAAGAAAGAAGAGGAGGGAGGGCAGCCGCUGCCGGGGGUCGGCGUGGCUCGUCUGCCUGUGGGGCCCUUGCCGGGUCACUCGGUUGCGGCCGUGCAGGCGGCAGCGGCUCAGGCAGCGAUGGCAGCUCAGGUGGCAGCUCUGGAGCAGCUGAGGGACAAAUUGGAGGCUGGUGAGCCGCCGGAGAAGAAAAUGGCGCUGCCUGCUGAGGAGCACCACCGGCUGCUGCAGAGAGCUCUGCAACACAACCUGCUGGCCAUGACCGCCCAGAUUCCCAUGAACAUCCGCAUCAACAGUCAAGUUACCAUCUCAAUACCUUCUUGUCAUGUCACCACAAACCACAGCAGCCAGCAGUGA